AGCCAGCCACUACCAACACCGCCUGUGCCCAACAGCAACCACCAGAUGACUACAGGGCAGGACGAGUGCGGCAUGCGCGCGCCGCCCCCCGACGCCAGCGUGCCCCCGCACCCGCGCUACAACACCAAGGCCGCCCGGCUCCGCACCUUCAAACACUGGCCCAAGAGCAUAAAGCAGAAGCCCGAGGAGCUCGCCGAGGCCGGCUUCUACUACACCGGCCAGAGCGACAAGACCAAGUGCUUCUACUGCGACGGAGGACUCAAGGACUGGGAGGAGGACGACGACCCGUGGGAGCAGCACGCGCGUUGGUUCGACCGGUGCGCGUACGUUCAGCUCGUCAAGGGAGAAGAUUACGUCCAGAAGGUCAUGAGCAGCCAGCCCGCUAAAACCUCCCAAAAAGGAAAAGAAUAUGAAAACUAA